CAACACUGGUGUUGUUGCUUCAGUGAGGCGCUCCUCAUAGGACUGAGAUGUUAUCAGUUAAUCUUAUGGCUUGAUUGACACUCCGAUGCUUGUAGAGUUUAGGUCCGACUCUUCGGCUCCACUUUGAAGGUCUGCUUUAACCAUGGAGUACCUCCUGCAGGUGAAAGUCGGAGCUUUGGUCGGCUUGUUGCUCCUGACUCUCCUCUUUGGAUUAAUUCCUGCUAGAGUCAAAUGGUUCAGAGACACAAACGGGACAGAAACCCACCGGAUAGUUCUAAGCCUGAUCAGCUGUUUUGCCGGUGGCGUUUUCCUGGCAGCAUGUUUGUUGGACAUCAUCCCAGAUUACCUGUCGGACAUUAGCGCAGAGCUGGAUGCUCAGAAGGUGGAGACCAGCUUUCCACUGCCAGAGUUCAUCAUGGCUGCUGGCUUCUUCACCGUCCUCAUCCUGGAGAAGAUGGUUCUCAGCUGCCGUCAGAUGAGGGGCGCUCACGGCGAAAGGGCACCACUAUUAUCAGAGAACGGGCAUGGGCAUGGCCACAGCCAUGCUGGGGCCGUUACAACGGCCGACCUGGAGAGCAGCGGGCACCACGUCCACGUCGACUUCCAGGCACACUCCCCCUUUCGCUCCUUUAUGCUCUUCCUCUCCCUCUCGCUGCAUUCGGUUUUUGAAGGGCUUGCUAUCGGCCUCCAGAACACCGACUCUAAGGUGUUAGAGAUCUGUAUCGCCAUCCUGGUCCAUAAGAGCAUCAUAGUGUUCAGCCUGUCGGUGAAGCUGGUCCAGAGCGCCGUUCAGCCACUUUGGAUUGCUGCGUACAUCGGCGUGUUCGCCCUGAUGUCACCUUUAGGCAUCGCCAUCGGGAUCAGCGUGAUGGAGGCAGGGCUGGCGGCCGGGGCUCUGAUACAGGGCAUCCUGGAGGGGCUCGCCGCCGGAACAUUCGUGUACAUCACCUUCAUGGAGAUCCUCCCACACGAGCUGAACUCAGCCGGGAACCAGGUGCUAAAGGUGUUCUUCAUCCUGCUGGGCUUCACCGUCAUGGCAGCGCUGACGUUUAUAGGCUGAGAGCUCCGCGGGAGCAUCUGUGGGGGAUGCAACCUGUGCACUUUGUGCCUCUUACUCCAGCUUCCACAAGCCUUUUGGUCACUUUAUCUCAAAAUGAUCACCAUUUUAAACAAAAUCUACUGCACUGUUAUACUGAACUCUGGACAUUUUUAGGUGAAAAAUGUUUCACAACAUCCUUGUGCAUUCAUGCUUGAAAUGUUAUGUUGAGUGUAUAUGUUGGCGGUUAUCAGAUUAUCUUUAUAUGCUGUUUUAAGAUUAUUUUAUCCAGUCAGAACACAUAGAACUAUGUUUGAUAAAGCAAAACACAGGUAGGGUUGUUACUUUUUGCAUCAAAUCACUGUUUUUGUACCUUUUAUGAUGUUAAGGAAGCAACAGGAUAUAAUACGAGAUGCCCUAUUUAAAAAAAUGUCUUAGUGCUUCUAUAAAAAAAACCCAGAAGAAAUGUUUACAUGUUUGCUUAUUAGAAAGAAAGUUGACAGCUCCCAGUUCCUAAGAAGCAUUACAUGCACUGCUUUUUAUUAUACACUCCGUGAUUAUUGUUGUUUCCACCUUAAAUUUCUCAUAAAAUCAAGUAUUUUAUUGAUUUUAGUAAAUUUAAACAAUGUUCCUGCACUGACUUUUUUUUUCUUAGAAUUGUAUGUAAAUUCCUACACUAAACCUGCUCAAAAAGUAAUCAAAGAGUUUCUGUUUGACUAGAGAAACUUUGUAUAUUUUUAGGCGGCGGUACUGAUAAACUGACUUGAAACCCAAAAGUAUGUGUUUAGCAGUUUCUCACGCUUAGACGUAUUUAAAAGCAGCUCUAGCUUCAGUCUGUCAUCAUAAUUCCUAUUCUAGUUUGUCUUGUCUUGGUCCGAUUGUUUCCUCAUUGUGGUAAAUAUUGUGGAAACAGAAAUAUCUGCUUUGUUUGUCAGGAAAAUGAUGAUACCAGCUUAAAAUUUGCCAACUUUAUUAAGGUUUUUUGUUGUUUCGUUUCAAGGAAACACAGAUUUCACUUCUGCCUUGUGUACCCUGUACUUUGCUUUGCAAAAUGUAGUAACCAGUUAAAAAACAAGCAAAGUAGUUGGUAUGGCAUCCUGAGCUUGUGCCUUAUCAUUGUUCUUUUUCUUAAGAGGGUGACUUUGGUUUAUAAGCCUGAAAAAAGUAAAGAGAUUAUGACACUAAAAUUGGUGCAAAGAUAUUUUUACACACUCUGCAGCAUAUGUUUUACUUUCAUCCAAAGAGGUCUUGGCUGUAGAUCUUUAUGUUCACAUGGUUGGUUUGAAUGAAUUGGUUUAGUCAGUCAACCGCCAGGUGGUGCUGUUGCUCCUUCAAAUGAAUUACUUUUUUUUUUUUUUUUUUAAUCCACCU